UCUAACUUUUGCUUCCCUUCAUUCCCAUUAUAUCCUCAUCAAACAAACAAAAACGACCAAAACUAGGAAAUGAAGAUGAAAGGUUUCAUGAUAUUGGCUUCUUCUCUCCUUAUUCUUGCCUUCAUUCAUCACUCAGAAUCAGCUUCAAUGCAGAGUUUACUGAUGAAGAAUGGAUCAUAUGAAGAAGAAGAAGAACAAGUUCUAAAGUAUGACUCCAUGAGAACAACCACUAACUCUUCGGCUUUGGACUCAAAACGAGUAAUUCCCACGGGUCCAAAUCCACUUCAUAAUAGGUAACUUUGGACUCAAAACGAGUAAUUCCCACGGGUCCAAAUCCACUUCAUAAUAGGUAACUUUGGUAACUGAAGAACAAGAUAUGCUAUGUGUAUAUGUAUCUUCUUUUGUAUUACAAUGUUGAA